UGGAAGUGGGGUAUCAAUCGAGUCUAAGAUCAGUUUUGUACCCAGGUUUUUUUAGUUACCCUGCAGCUAGUUCCAGAAGGAGCAAGGAAAGAACAGGAAAAAAAAAAAAAUAGUUACCUACCUCCCGUGGACCCUACUACUUCGUACCUACCCCUACUAUUCUGCCCAAUCUUUAUUCCUUUUCAUACUUUCCCAUUACAAUUCAACUUCGGGCAAAUCGCAUCCUAAUUCUAAAUAAUGGCCGCUGACAAGAUGGAUGUCGAAGCUGCCGAGCAGAAGCUCAAGAGCAUGGCUCAUUCUGAGCAGCACUAUUUCAACAGCUACAACCACCAUGGAAUCCACGAGGAGAUGUUGAAAGAUGAAGUCCGCACGAAAUCCUACAUGAAUGCCAUUGUGCAAAACAAGCACCUCUUCAAGGACAAGGUUGUUCUUGACGUUGGUUGCGGUACAGCUAUCCUCUCCAUGUUCGCCGUAAAGGCUGGAGCCAAGCACGUCAUCGGUGUUGAUAUGUCUACCAUUAUCUUCAAGGCUAGGGAGAUUGUCAAGGUCAAUGGCAUGGCAGACAAGAUUACCCUCAUCCAGGGUAAGAUGGAGGAGAUCGAGCUGCCCUUCCCCAAGGUCGAUAUCAUCAUCUCGGAAUGGAUGGGCUACUUCCUCCUUUACGAGAGCAUGCUGGAUACUGUCUUAUACGCCCGCGACAAGUACCUCGAGAAGGACGGCUUGAUCUUCCCGGACAAGGCCACCAUCUUCGCGUGCGGUAUUGAGGAUGGCGAGUACAAGGAUGAGAAGAUCGGAUUCUGGGAUAACGUUUACGGGUUCGACUACAGUCCUCUGAAGGAGACGGCCUUAGCCGAGCCUCUCGUCGACACAGUCGAAAUCAAGGCGGCCGUCACAGACCCUGCCGCGGUUUUGACUCUUGAUCUCUACACCUGCACAACGGCCGAUCUUGCUUUCUCGAUACCCUUCAAGCUGACGUCCCGACGUGACGACUUCAUACACGCGCUUGUAGCGUGGUUCGAUAUCGACUUCACGGCGUGCCACAAGCCGGUUCGCUUCUCCACUGGUCCGCACACUAAGUACACGCAUUGGAAGCAGACCGUCUUCUACCUGGACCAGGUCUUGACGGUGCAGCAAGGAGAGGAGAUCAGCUUUAACUUGGAGGUCAAGCCCAACGACAAGAACCGACGAGAUCUCGAUAUUAAGAUCGAUUACCAUCUCGAAACGGAAGAGGUCACUCGGCAAGCUGAGGGCUCUUGCGAAUACAAGAUGUGCUAGGUGGGAUGAAUCUUUUGGAGGAUGCGUCUCGUAUUACAAUGUCUUCCAGCCCAACAGGACUCGGGCUGGGCAGCCCUUAUCUAGUAGACGGGGUCUGCGAAGCGGACAACAAGCUGCAAAGCAUCAACCUAUUCGAUAGCCUUGUAUGAUCGCAUGGCGACCAGGGUUUGUACGGCGUUGGGAGGCAUUAAAAGUCAUUUCCCUCGGGCCGAGAAGGGGAAGAGGAAACUAUAGUAUGCGAGGUGACGGAAUUAUAUUGGGGCAAUUGCGAUACUACGGACCAUAUCUAGGACCUAGGUAAGGUACUUGAUGACUGAUGAAGAUUACGAUAGAAAGUAACUCCUACACGUCCCUCAAGGCGUCAUCCUGCGGGGGAUAACGGCUAAGAGGUUGAUGGGUCAGUCUGGACCGCCACUCAAGUAGUUGUGAAUACAUCAGGUACUUGAUCGAUACUCUCUCUAUCCCUA